GGCUUUUUUUGAACAACCAACAGCCAUCUCAUCUCAUCUCAACAACCCCAUCUGCCUGUUUACCAUAUCAUACCAACUCACCCAACACACACACAAGUACUCGUACGCACCCUAUAACGUGCCACUCGCAGGAUCAUACUACCCAUCGAAACGGAUUGUGAACCCAAGAUCAUCACGAUGCCGACUUCGCAGUUUAGUGUCAAGCAGGUGACCACCACGCCGUUCGAGGGCCAGAAGCCUGGAACUUCAGGCCUCCGCAAACGCGUCAAAAUCUUUCAACAACAGCACUACACCGAGAACUUCAUCCAGGCAACCCUCUCCGCCAUCCCCGACGGGCCCGCUGGCGCCACCCUCGUCGUCGGCGGCGAUGGACGGUACUUUUUGAAAGAGGCCGUGCAAAAGAUCAUUAGGCUGGCGGCGGGGAAUGGGGUGAAGAAGCUGGUGGUGGGGCAGAAUGGGAUCUUGUCGACGCCUGCUGCUUCGAACCUUAUUCGUAAACGCAAGGCGACUGGUGGUAUCCUUUUGACCGCGUCCCACAACCCGGGAGGUCCCGACAACGACUUUGGUAUCAAGUAUAACAUGAGCAAUGGAGGCCCGGCUCCCGAGUCGGUCACGGACAAGAUCUACAAGAUCACCACGACCAUUUCAUCCUACCCCGAAGCCGACAUCCCAGCGGUCGACCUCUCCGCCCUCGGCACAAAAACUUUCGGCGAUUUCACCAUCGAAGUAAUCGACUCGGUCGACGACUACGUCAUCCUCAUGAAAGAGAUCUUUGACUUUGCCCUCCUCAAAAACUUCUUCAAAAAGCGCCCAGACUACAAAGUCCUCUUCGAUUCCCUCCACGGCGUCACGGGCCCGUACGCGCAACGCAUCCUCGUCAAGGAACUCGGUCUGCCCGAAUCGUCGGUCAUGAACGCCACACCGUCGGAGGAUUUCGGCGGCGGCCACCCGGACCCGAAUCUGACGUACGCGCACGACCUCGUCGCCCGCGUCGAGAAGGAGAACAUCGACUUUGGAGCCGCGUCAGAUGGUGAUGGCGAUCGGAACAUGAUCAUCGGUAAAGGCGCCUUCGUUAACCCCUCUGACUCGGUUGCCCUCAUCGCCGCAUACGCCGACGCUAUUCCCUACUUCAAGAAGAGCGGACUCAAAGGGCUGGCGCGCAGCAUGCCGACCAGCGGCGCCCUGGACCGCGUGGCGAAGAAGAAGGGCAUCCAGUUCUUUGAGACGCCUACGGGGUGGAAGUUCUUUGGGAACUUGAUGGAUGCGGGCAAGUGCUCGAUCUGUGGAGAAGAGAGCUUCGGGACGGGGAGCGAUCAUAUUCGGGAGAAGGAUGGCGUAUGGGCUAUCAUUGCCUGGCUCUCCAUCGUGGCUUACGCCAGCGAGUCGAACCCCAAGGUCGGUCUGAACGACAUCCUCAACAAGCACUACGAGGAGUACGGCCGUAACUACUUCUCUAGAUACGACUACGAGGAAGUGGACAGCGACCACGCCGCGAAAGUGAUGUCCCACCUCACGGCCUUCAUCAACGACAAGGCCUCGAUCGGCAAAAAGCUCGGCGCGUACGAGGUCGCCACCGCCGACAACUUUGAGUACACUGACCCCAUCGACGGGAGCGUCAGCAAAAACCAGGGCAUCCGCAUCGUCUUCACCGACGCCUCGCGCAUCAUCUUCCGGCUCUCCGGCACGGGCUCGCAGGGCGCGACCAUCCGGCUGUAUGUCGAAAAGUACGCGCCGAAGGAGUACAAGACGGAGACGCAGGCGGCGAUCCAGGAUCUGAUCGACGUCGCGUUGGCGUUGAGUCGGUUGAGGGAGGAGACCGGGAGGGAGAAGCCCACGGUUAUCACCUAAAAGCUACCCUUCUGCGAACAUUGGAGUGUUGACUUCGUGUGGGGCUCUCGCUCCCGCCCCAGUGUAGUUUUUUUCUCUUAUGAUUGGACAGAACGGGUCUCUCUGUAGCAGUUUAGCGCAUGUAUUCGCCGGUUUGGGUGAUCGUUCCCUUUUUCGUUUGCUUUUUUUUUUUUGCAUUGCGUUGGCUGGGUACGGGAAUGAGAUGACAUUGGGUCGGUUUUGAACUCGGG